AUCAUGAAUGCCUGGUACCAGGGAGUGGUCAAAGAGAUGACCAUUGAGUGUGUGGUCACUUACGAGGUAUGGUGUUGACAUUAAAAUGUUUAUUUCUGCAAUGCAGGGCAAUUAAAGUGGUCAAUCAAAAUACAGAUUACACCAGUUUGAAUAGCAAUAAAGAGUUUUAGACUUGUAGCUUUAAAGGUGUCUCAAAGGUUAGACUUUUAAGGUACAAAAUAUCAAAUCAAAUGUUUCCUCUUGUAUUCUACAUUUGUCUAAUGAAAAAAUGGGUGCAGCGAAUUUCUUUGGUGAAAAAUCAUUACAUGGGUCUCUGAGGUGUUGUACAGAGAUAACAUCAAUUAGAUUCUUUCACAUGGGUCUCUGAGGUGUUGUACAGAGACAACAUCUAUUAGGUUCUUUCACAUGGGUCUCUGAGGUGUUGUACAGAGACAACAUCUAUUAGGUUCUUUCACAUGGGUCUCUGAUGUGUAUCUUUGAACUUUGUACAGAGAUAACAUCUAUCAGGUUUUGUUUCAUAUUUAUAAUUUGUUUGGUCGAACAAAAAGAUGUAUUUUUUUAAACAGUUUUGAACAUUUGGAUAAGUAAACAAACAAUAUUUAUAGAGUAUAAUUUAUGAUCAUUUGUCCUUGUUCAAUAAUUCAAUUCAAUGCAAUUUGGUCCUUAAAAUGAUGUUAAGUUCAAAGCUCUGACUGCAUCUUGACUUCUUGAUAUUUGAAUAAUCAGUCUGACUUGUUUGACUUGUGUAUAUCUCCUCAGCCAACUGUACACAAGCCACGCAUGACAAGAUUUCUCUAUGCACUAGAUACAGAGAAUUCAUCUUCCAAUCAGAAAUCACUUGUCCUGACUUUAAACAGGUGUGUUCUUAGACUGAAAAGAUCUUGGAUAAAAUGUUGAGACCAAUUGAGAUCAGGGGAUUGCUGGCACACACUUUUGGUGUUGAAAUGGCUUUAACGCUAUAGGGAUUGUGAUAACUUUAAAACAUAUGUAAAUCAGGUGCUUGCUAAUGAAUCGUACCAUGAACAGAUGAAACAAUUUAUAGUUAUGGCUACAAUACUAUAUUUUUUUUUCAUAAUUGUGCCACUUGUGGCCAAUAUCUAGGUUGACACCAGAAUCAACUUCCACCUAUUGUGACAGUGUUCUCAGUGAGAACUCAAUGCCAACUUCACCUGAUCACUCAUCAACUUUGGCCCUGACAGCACACAAUGUCAGCUUCCCAAAUCUGCAAGGCGCUUGGUCAAAGUCGUUCUUCCCUGUUGAAUUGCCUGCAGCCAGAUCAACUGGUAAUCUUUUAGUUGGUUGAAUGUGUGUUGUUGACUUGAUGUGUUCAGCUACAGUCAUGGGCUGUAGUACGGUACCACUGAUGAUGGUGUGCACACACUGAUUACAUGGGCUGUAGUACAGUACCACUGAUGAUGGAGUCACUGCACACACUGAUUACAUGGGCUGUAGUACGGUACCACUGAUGAUGGAGUGUACACACUGAUUACAUGGGCUGUAGUACAGUACCACUGAUGAUGGAGUGCACACACUGAUUACAUGGGCUGUAGUAUGGUACCACUGAUGAUGGUGUGCACACACUGAUUACAUGGGCUGUAGUAUGGUACCACUGAUGAUGGAGUGCACACACUGAUUACAUGGGCUGUAGUAUGGUACCACUGAUGAUGGAGUGCACACACUGAUUACAUGGGCUGUAGUAUGGUACCACUGAUGAUGGUGUGCACACACUGAAUACAUGGGCUGUAGUAUGGUACCACUGAUGAUGGAGUGCACACACUGAUUACAUGGGCUGUAGUACAGUACCACUGAUGAUGGAGUGCACACACUGAUUACAUGGGCUGUAGUACAGUACCACUGAUGAUGGUGUGCACACACUGAUUACAUGGGCUGUAGUACGGUACCACUGAUGAUGGAGUGCACACACUGAUUACAUGGGCUGUAGUAUGGUACCACUGAUGAUGGUGUGCACACACUGAUUACAUGGGCUGUAGUACGUUACCACUGAUGAUGGAGUGCACACACUGAUUACAUGGGCUGUAGUAUGGUACCACUGAUGAUGGAGUGCACACACUGAUUACAUGGGCUGUAGUAUGGUACCACUGAUGAUGGAGUGCACACACUGAUUACAUGGGCUGUAGUAUGGUACCACUGAUGAUGGUGUGCACACUCUGAUUUAUAGAGUCAAAUUGAUCCAUAGAAUUUUUAAAUGUAGACAAAAAUAAUAUGUGGCCAUUUGAAUAACAUUAUUAGUGACAUGGGAUGGUUUUGAUUGCAUUUAGUUUUAACAAAAAGAUGCCUGUCAUUUUCAGCUCAACCCAACCUCUGGGCUAAUGUUGUAGCUGGAAGGAAAUCAUCCAUGUCCAAACCCAUACCAGGUUCAACAAAUGUGCUAUUUCCUGACCUGAGGUCAACAAUGAGUCGUAGUGUGAGUACUGCAAGUCAAUCAUCCUCUAGGACUGGCAAAUCGGCAUCAAGCUCAUCACUGACCCCUCCCACAUCGGGAGUAGCCACCACCAGGUCGACCAAUGAUUCUGAAAUUCCUUCAGGUGAAUCAGAAUCAGGUGCCAAGGACAAUCCUAAAGCUUCAAAAGUUGUCUUCUCCCUGGGUGACGCUGAUGCCAUGUCAUACUCGGGUACAACAAACAGCUCUGAAAGUGGCUUCAGUGAGCAAGGUGCCCAGCACACCUAUGCAGAUGCCUGCAGGUCAGCGCAUGCUGGACCAAAAGAUCCCAACACGGUUAAGGACUCCAGCAGGACAAGUGGAGACGACAGUUCAAAUGUUUCCAGUAGGGAAACUACCAUUUUAAAUAUUCAACCUAGCUCCGUAGAAGCUAAGCCUCCAGUGUCUUCCGAUACAAGAAGUCAGAACAUCAAAAACGGUGUUCAUAAUUCUCCUAGAGAUGCAUUCCACAGAGGCAGGGGUCGAGGCAGAGGAAGGGGGGAUGAUAGAAGGUACAACUACCGAGAAGGACAGAAUAGAAGAGAAGGAAGAAAUUUUGAGGGAAGGUACAGCAACAGGGCUGACCGGGGGAAGUAUGAUCACAGCAAGGACCCGAGCUUAGAAAAUAGGAGGAGAUUUAACAAACUUGAGGAGAGAGAACAGCAGUGGGGCCAAAAGAAAAGCCAAGCUAGCAGUGAGCCACUUGGACAGAAAGAUUUACCUGGCAACUAUCAGUACCGAAGAGCUUUCAGUGGUGUUCAAAGGUCUCCAUCACAUAGCCAAAGUAAUAGCAAACAGGGAGCUCAAGAUCAGGAUGUAUUCUUCAAUGCCGCCGUCCCAGAAUCUCAGAGUCAAAGGAGCUACAAAAAAGCAAUCAGAAAUGACCACCAGGGAAGAGGGGCUAAUGUUGACCAUCAUAACAAUGUCAAAAGUGAAUUUGCUGGUAACAUAAAUCAUGAGAGUGAAUCUUUAGGAAGUCAGCAGCAGCAUACUUAUACUGAUACUGAAAGUCACAAUGAAAUGAGUACUGUUCACAAUUCUAAUACUGCUACUGAUGAACAAAAAAUAUCUGUCUCCAAAAAGGUGGAUUCUAUUAUUGUUAAAAGGGAUAACAAAACAACAAAGGUUGAUCAGAAUAAUGUUAAAACUGGAACAGAAACUGAUUUUCAAGACGUCUUCCACAAGAAAGGCCACAAAGUGUAUCAAAGGGUCAGUGUGUUGGAGUAGCCAAAUGGACUUGAGUAACACAAUUGUAUGGCCAUAUGCUGACAGACUUGAGUAACACAAUUGUAUG